AGCUCACAAACGCUCAGCUUCUCGUUCUGUCCGCUCACCCGUGCUCUGCUUCUGCUGUACAACAACAUCUCCCCCGCGCUCGCUCUCUCUCCUUGUGUCCCUCCCGCUAAGCCUCCACUGCCCCCGUCGCUCCCCGUCGCAUCGCCCCUGUCCCGCCCACCGACAAAAGUCACCCCCCUCCUCCACCCCUGCCACAAUGUCGACCUCCAUCUCCCAGCUCUCCGCGUCCGUCACGCGCAUCCUCUCUUUGACCGGCUUUCCAAAGGAGCUCAAGACGCGAGACAUCCACUCCGCCUUCUCCGAGUGGGAGAACUCGAAUGGCGGCUUCAAGAUCAAGUGGAUAGACGACACCAGCCUCCUGAUCGUCUUUGUUGAUGCCCUCACAGCCAAGCGUGCGUAUCUGAGCGCCCUCGCAACCCCCCCUGCCAUCUUCUCCUCCCCCUCGUCCACGGCCACCAUCCGUCCCUACGACGGCCCCGACGCCCAGGCCAUCAUCAUCAGUGUCAACUCCCGCGGGCAGCACAACGGCAACGCAUCGCGCGGCCACAACGCGCGCUCUGCGUCCAUGUCCGUCGCCGGCCAGCAGCGCGCGCGGAACGGCAGCCACGCGACCCACGCGAAUACCAAUGGCAACGGCAACGGCAACGCGAACGGGUACGCCCCCGAUGCGCUCGCGCUCGCGAACGGCGUCGCCGCUCCCGUCUCGCCCAUCGGGCGCGAGGGCUCCCCGACGCUCCCGACGCUCCCCUCCCAUCCGACGCUCGACUCCCUCAUCAACUCGACGCUCGGCGACGGCGUGCCCCCCGCCGACCCCGCCAUCCUCGCCACCAGCAUGCACCCCAACGGCAUGCCGAGCGGCGCGGGCCCGCGCAUCGGCGACCCCGGCAAACGCAUGCUCGGGGCCGCGCUCGGCGUGCGGCACCCCGGGCUUCCUGCGCGCCAGCUGGGCAUGAACGCAGGAGGCCCGGAGAAUGCGGAUCAGGCGAUCAAGGAGAUCCAGCGCGCCAUGGGCGGGCUGGCAGUGGCGGAGUGAGCAGACGAAACGGACACGGGCGGAGGUCGUGGCGGCCGUCGGUUGACGGCAUGUGCGGCAUUGGGGCUAGUUGGAGGAAAGCUGCCUCCGCUGCGGACGACGCGCCUCUUCUUUCUUCGUUCAGGCCUGCACAAGCCACCCCUCGUUUAUUCUUCUGUUUCUGUUUUUCUUUUUCCUCUCCUCUUUUCCUGUCUGUCACGUGUUUCCACCGUGCCCUGUUUCCAGUUCCAACUGUCAUUUUUUCUUUGUGUUUUUAGGCAUCCUGCUUCGCGAGAUCGUCGACGGCACGUCGCGAUCUCGACAACUCUCCUUUCUUUUCCACCAGUGGUCAGUACAGCACUAGCUACAUAUGUAUAAAGCCCAAGUUGUUUUCUCUAAUUUCUCAAUCAACGCCUCUUCCUGGAGCAUUCUGGUCGCUC